AUGCAUUUCACUAUCACUACUCUCUCCCUCCUUAUUGCCUCCGCCGCCCUGGCAACGCCCCUCGACUCCCAUAGCCACCAGGACUCAGGUGCCGACAUCUUCCCAAACUUCAACACUUACUCCGACUGGGCAAUCUGCAAAGGCAAGAUUACUAAGGGGCGCUUCCCAACUCUACAGGCUCCUAAUAAUAACGGCGGCUGCGUCCGGUAUUAUCAGGGUAUUGAUAUGACAGGCGUUGUCACGGAGCUACACUUCUAUUUUAAGGAUGGGUUUAGGUCUGCCUGCGACUGCGCCGCGAAAUGCUUAGAAUUGCCGACCCGGUGUACGAACUGGGUGUGGAAGCAUACCUUUAUGAAGGAGGAUAGCGGCAAGCGGUCGUGCACUUUAUACAGCAGUCCUAAUCUGCCGAAAGGUGUAACACUUGCAUAUAAUAAGGCAAAGAGCAAGGGCUUCAAGCCAUUACAGGCUGCUAAUAAUCCCCAGCAAGGAGCCGAUGCGCCGUUAACCUUUUUGGAUGCAGCGGGAACAAAGCCUGAUAAAUUUGGAGUGUCUGGUUUUACGGUGCGGGAUCAAAAUAAAAGAUUAUACUGUUAG